GUCAUUAUUAUGUAACGUAAACUUGCGGAGCGCAUGCUGUGGUUUCCGCUCGUAUUUUGUGCUGUGAUCAAGCUUUCUGAAGGUGGGGAGGAUGUCUGGAAAGAGGAUUGCCAUUGCCUUGCUGAGAAAUGACCUCCGGUACCUGGAUAAUGAGGUACUUCACAUGGCCCAUAGCUCAUCAGAUUUUGUUGUACCACUCUACUGUUUGGACCCCCGUCACUUCCAGACAACAUACCACUUCGGCUUCCCCAAGACAGGAGCACACAGGGCUAGGUUUCUGCUGCAUAGCCUGGAGGACCUGCGGGCCCAGCUAACAAAGCAUGGCAGUGACCUGGUAAUACGGGAGGGUCGUCCGGAGUCGGCGGUGCCGGACCUGCUGUCGUCACUCUCGGGCCACCGGCUGUCACUGGUGCUGCAGCAGGAGGCCACCGACGAGGAGCUGCGGGUGGAGCGCGCUCUGGCUGACGCGUGCCGCCGGCUCAGCGUACCCGUCCACACCGUGUGGGGAGCGACGCUCUACCACCGGGACGACCUGCCGUUCAAGGUCCAGAGCGUGCCGGACGUCUACACGCAGUUCCGGCAGGCGGUGGAGUCGCGGGCCAGCGUGCGCGCCCCGCUCACAAUGCCGGACCGUCUGCGGCCGCUGCCGGCCGGCGUGGCACCGGGCCCGCUGCCGGCGCCGGCGGCGCUCGGCCUGCCGGACGGCCCGCCGCCGGCGCCUGACGCGCGCUCAGCCUUCCCGUGGCGCGGCGGCGAGGCGGCCGCGCUCGACCGGCUGCGCCACUACCUCUGGCAGACGGAUGCUGUCGCCACCUACAAGGAGACGCGCAACGGCCUGGUGGGCGCUGACUACUCCACCAAAUUCAGCCCCUGGCUGGCGCUCGGCUGCCUGUCGCCGCGCCACAUCCACUCCGAGGUGCGCCGCUACGAGGCGGAGCGCACCGCCAACAAGUCCACGUACUGGGUGUUGUUCGAGCUCAUCUGGAGGGACUACUUCAGGUUUGUCGCUUUGAAGUUUGGGAACCGGAUAUUCUUCGAGACGGGCCUGCUCAACAAAAAAGUCCCGUGGCAGAACAACAAGGUGGCAUUCGACCAAUGGAAAGAUGGUGCAACGGGCGUGCCGUUCGUCGACGCCAACAUGCGUGAGCUGAAGCUGACCGGAUGGAUGAGCAAUCGAGGCCGCCAGAACGUGGCCAGCUUCCUCACCAAGGACCUGGGCCUCGACUGGAGGCUGGGUGCCGAGUGGUUCGAGUCACUGCUGCUGGACCAUGACGUGUGCAGCAACUACGGCAACUGGAACUACUCGGCCGGCAUCGGGAACGACCCGCGAGAGAACAGGAAGUUCAACAUGAUCAAACAGGCCACCGACUAUGAUCCACAGGGCGAGUACGUGCGUCUGUGGGUGCCCGAGCUGGCCUCGGUCAAGGACGGCCGCGUGCACAUGCCGUGGGCGCUGCCGCCGGCGGCGCGGCGUCAGCUGGAGUACCCGGACCCGAUGGUGGUGGCACCCGAGUGGCAGCGGCAUGCGAGCAAAACGGCGCCGGGCCGGGGUCGAGGUCGGGGCGGACCCCAGCCGGGCCGAGGCCAGCGGCGUGGCAUCGAUUUCUACUUCAGCUCCAGCGCAUCAGGGGACCGACGGCACUGACCGGGCGGCGCCGGCGCCCGUCAUGUCCGCCGCGUGUCACUGCAGCUGAAACGGAGCACCGCUGGACAAAGGUCACGCGGUGCCGAACAGGGGCGGGCGAAGGGGUCGCCUGGGUACAGGUAAAGCUUGGAUCGGCGGUCGCCCUAGAUGUGGAGGAUGUCCAGUGUGCGGUGCGUAUGCCGACAUAGGCGGCGUGACAGCUAACUCGUAAGGUUCCUGGACCACGUUUCGUCUUGCCGAGCCGAGCCUUCUCAAGUGCGCGUGUUUUGCCAAGGAGCGGUGCCAGUUCAGGUCUCGAACACUGCCUUGUUUGUUACACCUUUGGUCAGCUUGUGGGCCUCUGCGCUGAUCAUCCGCCUGCCUGGCACGGCAGGCAGCUGGUCAUGAAAGAUCCUGUGUGGUCGUGUUGUGUGGCGUUUCGACCGGUAGGUGUAUUGUGCCUGCAUGCAUGAAGGACAGCGGUCGGCGUGUUACGAGUGGAUUCAGGUUUUUAACUUUUUUGAAGUCGAAGUGCUUCCCAUUUUAUUUGUAAGUGACGCCUGUUUUUAUGCAGUGGGUAGGUGUUGAUAUUGGUAUCCUUUUUGCGAUUGUCACAGUCUAGAAAUGUGCGUUUUCUGUUCCUUUAUUACAAUAUGGAAAACGACA